AUGCGAAGGAGGUAUGAGGGCCAUUCUCAAGCCAGCAAUGGUUUUGCGCUUCCAUGCACUGGCAGGGUGAAGGAGGAUCGAUCCAGCACAACCACCUUCGUCCUCACCAUCUCGCUGGAUGCCGAGGAGCGGCUCCAGAUCAACAAGGCCCUAAGAGCUCUCACAGAUUCAGCAGCCACGGCCCUCAUAGGCGCCAGACUUGGCCAGAGCGAAGCCACAAGCCCGAGCCCCAGCGGGUGCGGCCUCCCAUGGGCCACAGGAAGGGCUGUUGGAACAAGCAAAAAACCUGUCCGUAAGUGGGCUCUUAUGGCAGGCCCUAGAAACUGGACGGCACUUCGGACGGACCGUGAAGCCCAGGCAGGCCCUACAUGA